CAUCCCACUCUCCCAAUCCUCUCUUCAAUCUCUUGAAUUCCCCUCCUCUCUAUCUCCUCUCACUUGUGUGGAGUCAAAAACCAAAAAAUGGCCACCAAUUCUCUUCAAUCCCUCCACCACCACCAUCACCACUACUCUCUCCUCAAGCGCCACUCCUUUGACACCAUUCCCUCUUCCCUCUUCCUCAAGCCUUCCUACUCCACCGUCACCAAUUCUCUGUCUCAGUCCAUCUCUUCCUCCACAACCACUUUUUCUUUCUCCUCAACCUCAACCUCCACAUCCCAAUCCAUCAUCUCCUUUGAACAACUCCAGCACCACCUCUCCACCCACAACUUCUUCCAAGCAGAUGAGGAAACUCGCCGCCUCCUCAUCGUCCUGGCUGGCGAGGCGGCGCAGAAACGGGGCUAUGUGUUCUUCUCUGAAGUUCAAUUCAUCUCAGAAAGUGAUUUGAAAACCAUUGACAGUCUAUGGAGACAGUACAGCAACAACAGGUUUGGGUACAGUGUGCAGAGGAAAAUAUGGAGUAAGGUUAAUGAAGACUUCACCAAGUUUUUUCUCAAGGUUGGUUGGAUGAAGAAGCUUGAUACUGAGGUUGAGCAAUAUAAUUACAGGUCUUUUCCUACCGAGUUCACUUGGGAGCUCAAAGAUGAUACUCCUCCGGAGGGUCACUUGCCACUCACUAAUGCACUUAGAGGUACACAGCUACUUAAUAGUAUUCUUAGUCAUCCAGCUUUUGAGAAGGCCAUGGAAGGAGAGGUUGAGGAGGAGAAAGAAGAAGUUAAUGACCAAGAUAAAGCAAAGCAGAAGCAGUUGUUGAUUAAUACAGUGUUCAAAACUGACUACUCCUUUUGAGGUUGUAAUUAUCAUGCACAUACCAAUUAUUAUUAGCCACUUGAGUGGAGGAACUAGCUUCUGCGAAGUCAAUAUGACAAACACUAAUAAAGUAGUGCUGCACCUCUACCAUUUCUUGCAAGAGAUCAGACCACAGUCUAUCAAUUGGAUUUGUAGCCUUCACUUCUCAGUUUGGCGAUUAUAUUACAGUUUUUUACAUAUGCAUGUUUUCUCUAUGUUAGCUACUGCUAGUCUGCUACAGAUGGUUACUCAGCAAAAAAAAUUAAUUGAGGCUGAAAUGAAAUGGUAUGGGUAGCAGCACCUGGAGACCUUUUCAAGGUUAUUUUUCCACACAUGGAUUGCCAGUGUACAACAAGGUGUCGGGGGCUUGUCACA